CAGGCACCCAUCUGUGACCCUCGUGUGAGGAGACUCAGUGUGUGAAAGUAGAAGUGAGUGACUUCUGAAAGCAGAGAGCUGACCCCCAUUUUUCUUCCUUUUUUCUCUCUCUUUUUUUUUUCUAAUUCUCUGGCAUUCAGAGCUCAGUCGGCCGGAGGGGAAAACUACCAUCAAGCACUUUGUAAAAAGCCAGACCGGUGGCGUCAUUGCCUCCUCUGUAGUGCGCGCUGCCACACCGCCACUCUCCCUCUCUGAGCCGCCGCCGCCGCCGCUGCUGCUGCAUUUAUUCACAGCUCAUUCUCAAAUUGCUCUGUGGGUCCUGAAGUGAAAGCAAAGACUGGUCCCCACCACACAAUGCGUGUUUGUUCGCUCUGUGUCACUCCGGCACUUGGAUUUGGCGGUUUUGCGCAAGAAGCGUCACGGACAAGCAGAGUGUUUUCUGCUCGUCGCUGGACUGGCGGGCUUGUAAACGACAAGGUAUUGUACUACAGCUGCUGCGCGCCCCCCGUGCUCCACUCCUGUACUAGUGUGUCUCCGGGAAUCCUCUCCUCCUCCUCCUCCUCCUCCUUCUCCUUCACGGAGCGUUUUCUACCCGCAACUUAGUGUGCAGCUCACAUGUCGCCGAGGGGACGCGCGCCUUGGUGCGCUCGACCACGUCCAGACGAUCUCCGUUUACAUUGGUCUAUACUCUUCAAGAUAGGCGAGAGUUCCCGUUGUGUCGGCUGUGCGUCAUCCGUGCCUGAUUAGACUUGUAGUCUGACGUCGCCGGGUGCCAAUCCAGUCAAACACCACACACAACGUUCAAACUAUGAAUUGACUUUACAAAAAAAAAAAGAAAAGAAAAGAAUGAAAAGGACAUCCGGACUGACGAAAACCACUUCUAUGAUGAAGAUCAACAAGUUGCCUCGAGUGCGUAAUUCCCAUCCGAGCGGCGUUCAAGCAUAAUCCGCCACGCACGUGAUCGACAAAUCACUUCAGCUGCGAAUAUUUCUCAUCUGUCGGGAGGAGUAAGCCCCGGAGCGUCCGCGGAGGACAGACGCCGGCAUCUUGUCCGACUACGGCGGGAACCAGGAGGAGACCGGCUCCAUGCCUCGCCGCGUCUCCAGAUGCUCGGCUGGCCAGCACAUGGUAACUUUGCGCACGCAGCACGCCGGGAAGAGGACAACCCGAGAAGGGACCUGAAUGAACGGGACUGAGAUUUAUUCGCAUUUCUCCUCCUCUCGCCUCCCGCGGACUGUUGUAUGCGUUGUGUACCCCGCCGGCUGAAGGCGUCUCGCGUUAUCAGCAGAUUUCGACUCAGCGGUGGGUAGAUCCAUCACUCGAGCAGGGAGCAGCAAAUGUCGAAGAAACGGAAAAGUCCUGACGACCAGGACUUCGAGGAAUCCCCACGUGCAGGAUGCAGCGACCAAGGCUUGACAGAUGAGAAAGUGAAGGCCUACCUCUCCCUGCACCCGCAGAUGCUGGACGACUUCGUGUUGGAGAGCGUGAGUGCAGAGACGUUGGACAGAUGGCUGAAGAGGAAGACCAGCAGCAGGCCUGCAGAUGACACAUCAGCUAAAGAAGUCAGCAGGCAGUACCAGGACACGAAUAUGCAGGGCGUGGUGUACGAACUCAACAGCUACAUGGAGCAGCGGCUGGACACUGGAGGAGACAACAAACUCCUGCUCUAUGAGUUGUGCAACAUCAUCAAAACAGCAACAAAAGCUGAUGGAUUUGCACUUUACUUCUUGGGAGAAUGCAACAAUAGUUUAUGUAUGUUCACUCCAACGGGGGCCAAGGAUGGCCCUCCAAGCCUCAUUCCCUCUGGCCCCAUCGCAUUUGGGACAACCAUUGCCGCUCAUGUUGCCAAGACUCGCAAAACACUGCUAGUAGAGGACAUCAUGGGGGACGAGCGCUUCCCCGACGGCACAGGGCAGGACUCAGGGAUCCAUGUUCACUCUGUCCUGUGCCUUCCCAUCCUCACUGCCAUCGGGGACCUCAUUGCCAUCCUGGAGCUGCAUCGGCACUGGGGCAAGGAGCCCUUCAACCUCAGCCACCAGGAGGUUGCAACAGCUAAUCUAGCGUGGGCGUCGGUUGCCAUUCAUCAAGUACAGGUGUGCAGAGGCCUCGCCAAACAGACUGAGCUCAAUGACUUCCUACUAGAUGUGUCAAAAACAUACUUUGAUAACAUUGUGGCAAUAGAUUCUCUACUUGAACAUAUUAUGAUAUAUGCAAAAAACCUGGUGAAUGCGGACAGGUGCGCACUCUUCCAGGUAGAUCACAACAACAAAGAACUGUACUCUGACCUGUUCGAUAUCGGGGAGGAGAAAGAAGGCAAGCCUGUCUUUAGGAAAACCAAAGAAAUUAGGUUUUCUAUAGACAAGGGAAUAGCUGGCCAAGUGGCCCGGACAGGGGAAGUCUUAAAUAUCCCAGAUGCCUAUGCAGAUCCACGGUUCAACCGGGAGGUGGACCUUAAAACCGGCUACACCACGCGGAACAUCCUCUGCAUGCCCAUCGUGAGCAGGGGGACCGUUAUAGGUGUGGUGCAGAUGGUGAACAAGCUAAGCGGAAGUGCCUUCACUAAAACAGAUGAGAACAACUUUAAGAUGUUUGCUGUCUUUUGUGCUCUGGCCUUACACUGUGCAAACAUGUACCACAGGAUCCGGCAUUCUGAAUGCAUUUACAGAGUGACGAUGGAAAAACUGUCUUAUCACAGCAUAUGCACAUCGGAAGAAUGGAAGACCCUCACCCAGCUCAACCUCCCUGCACCCAUUUAUAAAGAGAUCGAAAUGUUCCACUUUGACAUUAAUCCCUUUGAGGAGAUCUGGCCUGCUGUCUUUAUCUACAUGGUUCAUAACUCCUGUGGAAAGACCAGCUUUGAGCUGGAGAAGCUGUGUCGGUUCACCAUGUCUGUACGGAAGAACUACCGGCGUGUGCCCUACCACAACUGGAAGCACGCAGUGACAGUGGCACACUGUAUGUACGCCAUCCUGCAGAAAACCACUGGGAUUUUCACAGAGCUGGAGAAGAAGGGUCUGUUGAUAGCCUGCCUAUGCCAUGAUCUGGACCACCGAGGGUACAGCAACACGUAUCUGCAGAAGUUUGACCAUCCGCUGGCUGCGCUGUACUCCACCUCCACCAUGGAGCAACACCACUUCUCUCAGACCGUCUCCAUCCUACAGCUGGAAGGGCACAAUAUUUUCUCCAACCUGAAUUCCAGCGAAUACGAGCAGGUGUUGGAGAUCAUCCGGAAGGCCAUCAUUGCCACGGACCUCGCCCUGUACUUCAACAACCACCAGCAGCUGACGGAGCUGUUGGGCUCACAGGCGCUGGACUUGAACAACCACUCACACAGGGACCGUGUGAUUGGUCUGAUGAUGACAGCAUGUGACCUGUGUUCUGUUACCAAGAAAUGGCAAAUCACACGACUGACCGCCAACGACAUCUAUGCUGAGUUCUGGGCCGAGGGAGACGAGAUGAAGAAGAUCGGGUUGCAGCCAAUCCCGAUGAUGGACAGAGACAAGAAGGACGAGGUUCCCCAAGGCCAAGUGGGAUUCUACAAUGCCGUUGCGAUUCCAUGCUACACAACACUAGCGGAGCUCUUCCCUCCAUCCAAUCCUCUUCUGAAAGCCUGCAAGGAGAAUCUGGGCCAGUGGGAGAAGAUAUCGCGAGGAGAGGUGGAGGACAUCAUGCCCAGCAGGCCUUGCGAUUCAGGCCCGGUCAAGGUGGACAACUGACUACCAAAGGGUUUGCUGGCCCACCAAAGGAAUACAACCUGAAUCCUGCCACGGACCUGGUACUCUGUAGGGGGGAGGAACCCACAGUCGGUGUGAGCAGGAGACGGAUCAGCUGAAGGCGACAUGACUUUGAAAACACACAGUUACCUCAUUGGGUGACGGACGUGUCAACACUGACGGUUUCACCGAUCCCAGAGACUGACUGACCGCCGAUGGGGAGGGAUUUCAACCCAUCACCCUACAUCCACUCAGCUUGGGAAUUCAUUUGGUAGAAUGGACUGUGGUUGUUUGGUUUUAGCUGUUUCAUGAUUUUUUUAUUAUUAUUAUUAUUAUUAUUAUUAUUAUUAAUAUUAUUUGAGCUGAUUCUUUUAUGGUCUUGUAUUUGCAGAGGCCUUACUCUGAACCUUUUCACAGGCUAGAAUAUGUGAAACCUUGUCGUCGGUUCAGGCUUUUCUUUGUUUGUUUGGUUUUUUUUUUAACGGUACUGUUUGCCUUCUGUGGUAGGUUUAUCGUACGCGCACUACUUCAGCAAGGUAUUCCCAGAGACAGAAGGAAUGUGUAGAGCAGAUGUAUGGUGUAUUGCCACCUUGCUGAGGAGGUGGAUGUCAGAAUGUUUUGUUUUUUUUAUCAUUACUUUUUUGAGCAAAAAUCCUUUGCAGUACUUGAAUAAAGACAUACAGCCUAUUCUAGGUGGAGAUGGCAGAAAAUCCCCCCUCAGCAUAUUCCACUAAAUGUGGAUGAACUGUGACGAGAGGAGUUAGAUAAUGUCGACGCUUGUGAACGCAGUCACAAGAGAGUCAUGAUGUUUCUCCCUGAAGUGGACCCCACAGCACUGCCCCCAGCCCCCGCCUGGCAUUUAGGAACCUGCUGCAGCCACCUCGACAACUUCCCCUCUGACUAACAGGAUCAGAUCAACGUGCACGAAUAGCAUCCGUGAAGCCAGGACUGCAAACAGUCGAAUUUUCACUCUUAAAACAGUUUUCACGCCACUAUCGCAUCAUGAAUUAUUUUUCACCACAAUCUGGUUCCCUCUCAUUAAACAGUGAUAAUGUCUAUGUUUAAAACACGAGUAAAAUGAGGAUACUACACAGGUUGGAAAAGAAUCCCAGCGAAUUAAAGAUGUUGUUUGUUUGCAGUGCCACAACAACCUUUGUCCAUGUGGCCUACCUUACAUAAGGUCCAGACAAUACCCUCGUCUAUCCCACAUGGUUAAGGGGGGAAUUAUAAACAGUGAAGGGUGCAGUAAGUGACACAUUUAUGACACUGAACACAUCACGCUGCAGC